AGCCGGCGCGGGGGGCUAUGAAGCACCAUGGUGUGGUGUGACCGGGGGGUCCAGAUGCUGCUGACCACGGUGGGAGCCUUCGCCGCCUUCAGCCUCAUGGCCAUCGCCAUCGGCACCGACUACUGGCUCUACUCCAGCGCCCCCAUCUGCAACGGGACCAACCUGAGCGUGGAGGAGCCGCAGAGCCCGAGCCAGCCCCGCCGGGCCAGGGGGGACCGCACGCACUCCGGGCUCUGGCGGAUCUGCUGCCUGGAAGGAAUCUACAAAGGACAUUGCUUCCGUAUCAACCACUUCCCUGAGGACAAUGACUAUGACCACGACAGCUCGGAAUAUCUUCUCCGUAUUGUCCGUGCCUCCAGUGUAUUCCCCAUCCUGAGCACAAUAUUGCUAUUACUGGGAGGACUCUGUGUCGGAGCAGGAAGGAUUUACAACAGCAAAAACAACAUUAUCCUCAGUGCUGGGAUUCUGUUUGUUGCAGCAGGACUAAGUAAUAUCAUAGGGAUCAUUGUCUAUAUAUCCAGCAAUGCAGGUGACCCAAGUGACAAGAGAGAUGAGGACAAAAAGAACCAUUACAACUACGGCUGGUCUUUUUACUUUGGAGCUUUGUCUUUUAUUGUGGCUGAAACCAUAGGAGUACUGGCAGUGAACAUUUACAUUGAGAAAAACAAAGAGUUGAGAUUUAAAACCAAGAGGGAAUUCCUUAAGACUUCUUCCUCGUCCCCUUAUGCCAGGAUGCCAAGCUAUAGGUACAGGAGGAGGAGAUCCAGAUCAAGUUCUCGAUCUACAGAGCCUUCUCCGUCUAGGGACGUUUCUCCAGUUGGCAUGAAGAUUUCCAGUUCCAUCCCUAUGAAUGAAAUUUCCAUGUACACUCUGUCCAGAGAGCCCUUGAAGGUUACAACUGCAGCCAGUUACAAUGCAGACCAAGAAGCCAGCUUUCUGCAGGUCCACAACUUUCUUCAGAAGGAAUUUAAAGAAGGACUCCACAUCAAUAUGGUUAACAGGAGAACGACGCCUGUCUGAAGGGUUUGCUUUCUCUCUCUUUCUUUUUCAAAGUGUCCAAACAGAAUAGAGCCUCCAAAAAGGAGAAGGAGCAAUUUAAAAUCCUUUUCAAAACAGGACAUGUGCUGGGCUAGCAAACGGAGACCUUGGAAUACUGGAAUGGCCUAAAGAUAUUGUACAUUCAUAGCUGUUUUAAAAGCUAUUUGGAGUUUGUUUCAUUAAAGUUCCCGAUGUCACAAGAAAGUGACAGCAGCUCACGUCCCUGCAGUUUUGUAAUGUGUACAAUGUGUCAGAGAAACUGGAAAAGAGUUAGCUACCAGGGCGUUUUAAAGAAUUACAGAAGAAUUGCAAUGUGAUUUUUUUUUAAAUAAGGCCCCUUAAAAUAAUCAUAAUUCAUGCCCAAGUCCAAAGCUUAUCACAAAUGGAGCCUAAUGCAGCUCUUCAAAACUACGAUCCAGUUUCCUUUCACACAGGGAAGAGGGAGCAGAGAUCUGUCUCAGAAGCAACUGCCUCCUUGAGAAAAUAAAAACUAGAAGGCAAAACUAUUUGCAGCCAGCUUGUGCUACUGAACUGUAGCAUACCAAUGUCCUGCGUGUUGCAGCAUUUUACAGUGAGCGAGCUACAGCGGUCAGUACUGCCUCCCCUGGUAGAUCCUGUGCAAUAGAACCAAGGAGCUGAUGGAGCCAAUGCAGAUGAAGCAGUGAGCAUAGGGUGGAUGAAUUCUAAAAUAAUGAAAUGGUGCAGAGUUAAAGUGGAAGCUACUCAAACGUAUUUGCAAAUAUCCUUUCUUGCCUAAAAUUUAGAACACUUGAAUCGUCUCAUUGCUAAUAGACCUAGUGCCUGAGCCUGCCAGGUGCUGAGUGCUUCCUGCGUGUACAGGGUGCACCAUACCUCUCAGGAUCAGUCUCCUAUACACUACGUGUUGCAGGAACAGGAAACAGAGCUGGGCCUGUAGGAACCAAUACCUGUGAAACUGAAGAUUCCACAAGGGUUGCACAUUACCUUUUUUUCCUUGAUGCUUCACAAGUGCAACACUAAUGCUAGCGCAAGUUAAAGUAUCUAGGCUACGUGUGUAAGAAAAGGGAAAGCUAAUCUACUGAUCCAACCUACUAUCCAGCGUGGUGAACAUUUCUGAAAAAUGCAGACGUAUAGGUCAUGUGAUGACAAUUUUAAAAGACAGAACAGAAAUAAUUGCAGUUUACUAGAUAUUUAUUAAACUUUUUAUUAUGAAAAAGCACCAUGGGGUGCAAGUUGAAGUUGUUUUUACGCUGAAACUUUGGUUCAAAGUCAUGUAAUUUAUUCUGGAAUGAUGGAAUUCACUAAGUUCAGAGAAGCCCACAGGACCCUGUAUGUAACUUACGGGGGGAAAAACGUGCAUUUGUGGGGUUUGGGGGGUUGUUAUUUGCUUCUUUAUGAUUUUUCUAAAAAGGGCUGAAAUAUUUUCUUUUAAAUUCCUAUUUCAUUUUUACAUUAGACAUUGUGAUGCUCUCCUCAGGGACGGCGAGAAUCCUCUCUAAGCCAACAGGCUGGAAUGUAUUCUGCCUCUUUACAGCCAGCGGAUUUGGUAAUUUCUAUGAGUGUCCAGAGAGAGGGACUGGACACUGCAAAGCCACAUUCCUGUGGAACUUGAGUUCACUGAAUGUUACUCGCAAGGCAAGAUUUAAACUAGCACAAUCUCAAGGAGUUUCCCGGUCAGGCACACAGACUGGAGUGGCAGGGAGCUCUCAUUCAGUUUAAGCUCCAGCAAAGCUCCCUCUCACUAAGGCAGAGAGGUAACAUAGUGGCUUAUGGGUCUGGGGACCCUGAGGAGAGCAUCAAAGACUUUUAGGCUGGGAUUUUCCAAAAGAGGCUAAGGACUUGAUCGAGAGAUAAUUGAACUCAGUGGAAGUCCUUCCACUGACUUCAAUGGGCUUUGGGCCAGACCUCAUGGAAGCUAAGGAUCCAGCUCCUUUGAAGAGUCCAGCCCUAGGUCUGGUCUACAUUACAGACCUAUAUCGGUAUAACUUUGUCACACAGGGUGUGAAAAAUCCACACCCCUUAGCAACAGUUAUAUCGACCUAACUCCCCAUGUAGACAGUGCUAUAUUGGCAGGAGAGCAUCUCCCACCGACAUAGCUACCGCUUCUCGGCGAGGGGGAUUAACUACGCCGACAGAAG